CACAUUUUCCUAAAUAUGAUUAUAGUUUUGGUUUGUUUCAGAGGAUUACUCUACAAUGGCAAGAACAAUAUGCAAGCUUGGGGCCUCAUUGUGCUGCUGAUUUCCAAAGCUGCCGGACAUUCUGCAGAUAUUCCUGACAUGGAACAAGACAAGGCAGCAGGUGUUCUACAUAGCCAGAGGGCACUAGCUGAAGUAACAGAAAUGAUCAGAACAAGUCACUUGGUGCAUAAAGGCUUGGUUAAUUUGCAGCCACCAAAUAAUGUAGACGCAAGCGGCGAUAUGAUGUUUGGAAAUAAAAUCGCUCUACUAAGUGGCGACUAUUUACUAAGUAAUAGCAGUAUAGAAUUGGCCAACCUCAGAAACCAGGAGUUAGUAGAACUGAUGAGUUCGGCAGUGAGAGAUCUAACGGAGGCCGAGUUUGUUGGGCCCCGAGACCGACAGAAUAAUCCGUUGCCGGCCAAACCAAAAGCGAAACAAGUGGAGUACAAACAGUUUAUAGAAAAUAAUUUGGAGCCACUAAUUGUGAGUGAGGCGUUAGGAAAUGCGCAGGCUGAGUGGACGUUGAGGAACGUUUUAAAUGCUGGUUCGCUCCUUGGAAAAUCUUGUCAAGGUACAUUGAAACUAGCGGGUCAUUCGGAGGACCUACAAGAAAAGGGUUAUCUAUUCGGAAAACAUUUAGCCUUAGCCUGGCAGGCAUGUCUAGAUAGGGAACCCUUUCAACCUGGCUCCAGUGGGUCUUUCAGUCUGGUUUGCGCUCCUCUGAUGUUCACUCUACAAAAUAAACCGGAACUUUACGAACAUAUUGAGAAAGGACUCGAAAACGUCGACGAGGUCGACUAUGAUCUGCUUAGGGCGGAGGUUUUGGAAGGGCCAGGGUUAGAACUAACAAAAAAACUUCAAAAGGAACAUUCGCAGGCAGCACUCAAAGUACUGAACGAACUUCCAGCUUCAGAUGCAAGGACAGCCUUGGCUAAUAUUAUUGCUGCCGUGCAAGAAUCGUAGACCUCCGUUUUGCACUGCAUCUUUUUUUAGUUUUGUUUGCGGGAAUGUUGGGAUUUGAGCGUUUAUUUGAAAAGUUUUAUCCGGCGUAACUUCGUCACCAAACUAUUUACUGUGAUAAGUGCUUUUACCAUAUUUUAUAGCAAUGUUCCUAGCUUUUUUGGCAUUGCAUUGUAAAUUUUUAAUUAUUUAAGUGAUACCAGAAUAAAUGCAUACAUUUUUUAUUCGUGGGAAUGGGAGAAAUAAAUAUAUUUUUGUACAUUUUACAUAUGCAUAUACAAUAAAAAUUAAUUGUGUCUUGGGUGGAUUUUAGAUAAUACUUUAGGAUAGGAACAAUUCAGAAGCAACCUGUUAUGGCCAAAUCAAAAACUUAUUAAUUUCUGAUAAAACAUUUGAAAUUUAUACUUAAAAUGGCUUUGUCCAAUAUUUAUUGCACAUAUCACAGUGUAAAGAUUGGAAAAUAACAAACUCGUAUUGUACACAUUUCAGAUUAUCAGUACUCAAAAUUUACAGUUACAAUGAACAUUAUAAAACCUUUAAUAUAUUUACUAAAGCUCGUUUUGCGUCCGUUGCUCGGAAUUCGUCUAAUAUAUCAAAACAGUUCUUUACAAAA